AUGGAGAGUAAUUCAGGGCUUCUGGUUGGGACCCUUGAUUCAGUCUUAGACUCUACUGCUAAAGUAGCUCCAUUUCGCAUCCUACACCAGACGCCAGAUUCUCAACUUUACUGGUCAAUUGCAUGUGGAGCCAGCAAAGAAGAAAUAACCAAGCAUUGGGAAUGGUUGGAACAAAAUAUCAUGACAACUUUAUCUGUAUUUGAUUCAAAUGAAGAUAUUACUAAUUUUGUGCAAGGCAAGAUAAGAGGAUUAAUUGCUGAGGAGGGAAAACAAAGUUUCGCAAAAGAAGAUGAUCCUGAGAAAUUUCGAGAAGCCCUUUUGAAAUUUGAAAAAUCUUUUGGUUUACCAGAGCAGGAGAAAUUAGUAACCUAUUAUUCAUGCAGCUAUUGGAAAGGACGGGUUCCUUGUCAGGGUUGGAUUUAUCUUAGUACCAACUUUCUGAGUUUCUAUUCUUUUUUGCUGGGAUCAGAAAUAAAACUUGUUAUCUCCUGGGAUGCAAUCUCAAAACUUGAGAAGACUUCAAAUGUCCUCCUGACAGAGAGUAUUCAUGUGUGUUCCCAAGGAGAGAGUUACUACUUUUCAAUGUUUUUGCACAUUAAUGAAACAUACCUUCUUAUGGAACAACUGGCAAACUAUGCUAUAAGGCGACUUUUCGAUAAGGAAACAUUUGAAAAUGAUCCAGUCCUUGAUGAUCCACUACAAAUAACCAAAAGAGGCUUGGAAAAUCGAGCUCACAGUGAGCAAUUCAAUGCCCUCUUUAGGCUGCCCAAAGAAGAGACUUUGAAAGAGAUACAUGAAUGUUUCUUAUGGGUUCCGUUCACCCACCUCAAUACUCAAGGGAAAAUGUGCAUUUCACAAAACUAUAUCUGCUUUACUAGCCAGGAUGGCAAUCUUUGUAGUGUAAUCAUUCCAUUACGAGAGGUAUUAGCUAUAGAUAAGACAGAUGAGUCCACCAAAUCUGUCAUCAUUAGUAUCAAAGGAAAAAGAGCAUUUCGCUUCAAUGAAGUUAAAGAAUAUGAGCACCUGGUGACAAAACUCAGGCUCAAGUGUGGAACUUCUUCAACUCGACGUAAUAUCAAUACUGAGGUGGCUAUUAGUUCUGACUCUGCAACCCCUUCUGAUGUCUCUGAAACGCAAUCUUUGACAAGUCAAAAAGAAUGCAGUAAGACUGUGAACACUGAAGCCUUAAUGACAGUAUUUCACCCUCAGAAUUUGGAGACACUUAAUUCUAAAGUGUUGAAAGAAAAGAUGAAGGAACAGUUGUGGAACAUCUUAUUUUCUGAAUGUGGACGUGGUAUUAGCAUGUUUCGAACCAGAAAGACUAGAGAUCUGGUUGUAAGAGGGAUUCCAGAAACCUUAAGAGGAGAGCUCUGGAUGCUUUUUUCAGGUGCUUGUAAUGACAUGGCUGCGAAUCCUGGCUAUUAUUCUGAAGUAGUUGAACAGUCUCUCGGAACCUCCAACUUGGCUACUGAGGAAAUUGAGCGUGAUUUGCGUCGCUCCCUGCCUGAACACCCAGCAUUUCAGAGUGAUACUGGUAUAUCUGCUCUGAGGCGGGUACUCACUGCUUAUGCAUAUAGGAAUCCCCAAAUAGGAUACUGCCAGGCAAUGAACAUUUUGACGUCAGUGUUGCUUCUGUACGCAAAAGAAGAAGAAGCUUUUUGGCUUUUGGUUGCUGUAUGUGAACGAAUGUUGCCUGAUUACUUUAAUCGUCGAAUCAUUGGUGCCUUGGUGGAUCAGGCAGUGUUUGAAGAACUUAUCAGGGAUCACCUUCCUCAGCUAACAGAGCACAUGACCGACAUGACAUUUUUUUCCUCCGUUUCUCUGUCCUGGUUCCUCACACUUUUCAUUAGUGUGCUGCCUAUUGAAAGUGCGGUAAAUGUCGUCGACUGUUUCUUCUAUGAUGGAAUAAAGGCCAUUUUACAACUGGGAUUGGCAAUACUUGACUAUAACUUAGACAAACUUCUGACGUGUAAAGAUGAUGCUGAGGCUGUGACAGUUUUAAACAGGUUCUUCGACAGUGUCAUUAACAAGGAUAGCCCAUUGCCUUCAAGUGUUCAGCAGGGUUCAAAUGUGAAUGAGGGAAAAAACAGUGAUACUACAGUGGAUAUUACAGAUUUGAUCAAAGAGUCUAAUGAGAAAUAUGGUAACCUUCGCUAUGAAGAUAUACAUAGCAUGCGCUGUCGAAAUCGGUUGUAUGUGAUACAGACACUAGAAGAAACGACCAAGCAGAACGUGAUGCGUGUUGUAUCACAAGAUGUUAAACUAAGCCUUCAGGAACUGGAUGAACUUUAUGCUAUCUUUAAGAAAGAGCUGUUUUUAUCUUAUUAUUGGUGUGUGGGUUAUUCAGAAUUGAAACACCACGACCCCAGCCUGCCAUAUUUGGAACAGUAUCAGAUCGACUGCCAGCAGUUCAGGGUGUUGUAUCACUUGUUGAGUCCCUGGGCAUGUUCCGCAAACAGAGACUCACUAGCUCUAUGGACAUUCAGAUUGUUGGAUGAAAAUUCUGAUUGCCUUAUAAACUUCAAAGAAUUCGCCUCUGCAAUUGAUAUAAUGUACAAUGGAAGUUUUACUGAGAAGCUUAAGCUGCUUUUUAAGCUACAUGUUCCCCCAGCUUAUACUGAAAUAACUAAGGAUUCUUCAAAGGGAGAUGAUCUUACAACAGAAGAAAUGCUUUAUUUCAGCAAGCUCCAUGUUUCCAGGCCUGCAAAUAAGAAGAAAUCAGAAUUAAGAAAACCCAGCUCUAUAAAAGAGUCAAGGUCUUACUAUUCACAGUUUAUUCAGUUUUCAAAGACCCUCUACAACUUAUUUCACGAGGACACUGAAGAAGAGUCAUUAUAUCAAGCCAUUGCUGUUGUAACCAGCCUUUUGCUCAGGAUGGAAGAACUUGGAAGGAAACUAAAUAGCCCUUCAUCAUCUGCCCAAGAAAUCUCUGCUGCAAUCAGUGCUGCUGAAGGAACCAGUGUGGAGAAUACAGAGAGUUUUCUGGAGAGAAAGGCUGCCUCUCGAAAGGAGGAUCAUCAGUGGUCAUUUUCAUUUGAACAGAUUCUUGCAUCUCUGUUGAAUGAACCAGUCUUGGUGAGGUUUUUUGAGAAACACAUAGAUUUAAAAGCCAAGUUAGAAAAUGCAAAAAUCUCUCAGUUAAAAUCUAGAACCAAGGUUCACAUCUCUUAG